UGGCAGUGUUACCAGCGCAGACCUCAGCACCGCCGCAGAAGAAGUGUGGACACCUCAGUACCAGGACGACUGAUGCUCGGUUAUGGGCAACACUUUCCCUCAGUCAGUUCCUCCUGCUGCUGACCCUACCUCCUGAUUGGCUCUUCGUUUAACAUGCUUGGAUUCUACUCCAGGCUGGACUCCUCCUCCUCCUCUCCCCUGUUGGGGGUGGGCAUCGGAGGAGACAGCGCCCGCGUGCCUGUCAGCCUCGCUGUAGAAGCUGAGAAGGCUCAGGCGCUUUUACAGACAUUCAGCUCUGCCUCCUUGCUGGCCUCAGCAGGACUCGGGAUGUUCUGUGUGGUGGCAGAUCACGCCCUCCAGCUGUCGGCGAUCCAGCAACACCUGUGGCUUCGCGCUGUCUUGGACAAUGCCACGCAUGGAAUUGUGGGGCUUUGGUCGUGGGCAGUUGUGAUUGGACUGCGGAAAAAGAGUGAUUUGUACGAGGUGCUGCUGGCAGGGCUGCUGGCGUCAAUCAUAGACCUGGACCACUUCUACAUGGCUGGAUCCCUGUCACUAAAGGCUGCUGUGUCGCUGCCGCAGCGUCCUCCCCUCCACUGUUCGUCUCUAAUCCCCGUAAUCUGCCUCACCCUCCGCUUCUUCAUGUGGAUCGGCCGCCUCAAAGACGCCUGGUGCUCCCUGCCAUGGAUGCUCUUCAUCUCCAUGGCGACGCACCACGUUCGGGACGGCGUACGCCACGGCCUCUGGGUUUGUCCGUUUGGCAACACUGCCCCCGUCCCCUACUGGCUGUAUGUCAGCACCACAGCAACUCUUCCUCACCUGUGUUCGGUGCUCAUGUACCUGACCGGAACCAGGGAUGUGAUCUCCACGAAGCACGGAGUGGCCAUCGAUGUUUAGAUGUCACUAAUGCUCGUUUGGUAUGGAUCCCCACUGUUUCAAAACAAAGUCUGUGUGUAGAUACUUUGAAAUCACUGGACGAAAAUACCCAGCAUUUAAAAAUGAACAGUUUUUUUUUAUUUUAUGUGAGAUGAACACGAUCACAGAAAUUAGAGAAUACUUUGGUUUCAGCAUUUGUCUGAGAAAGAGAUGUUCAUUACAGCCAACCGUAGUUUUUUUCCUUUUGUUCAUGUUUCAAAAUUUAAAAAUUCUAUUAUUCUUGAAGUGAUUCUUCAUGUCACAUUUAAGAUCUCCACCACUCCAGCCUCGUCUUAUCACCAACCAAAUGUCAACCAAAGGUCUACCACAGGCUGAAAGAAACAGACUCAGUUACCCUGAUCGUAGUCACCCUUUUGCACACGGAGGUACAGUGUUUGUCACAACGAGGAAAUCCAGCAGUUGAGUAGAGCUUUUGUAAGACAUGUUUUUCUAUUUUAAAUAACAGUUUUAGUCCAUGGAAUGACAGAGCCAUUAGUAAUCACCAGUGAAGAAAACCGCCAGCAGCAUCUAAAGCUAUGUUCACACCGGGCAUGUGACACAUUUAGCCCAUGGUGUUCACACUGGACAAGCAGGGAGGGGCUUCUUCUUCUUUUUCUACUGUUUACUAGUUGGAAGAGGCUAAGUAAGAAAUUUUGAAGGGGUGCAAAUCUUGCUAUUUGGGCACAAAACAGUUCCUUGCUAGCGUCCUUGCAAUGUUGCAAAGGAGAGUGGCCUUGGUUUAUCGUUAUUUAUACUAUGGUCUGGCCGAAGACUCGAUUCUGAUUGGCUGCAGAGUGGGGAUUAAGUAAGGGAUAGUUCCAAAUGAAGUGUGCAUUAUCAGAAAUUUAUGGACAAUGUGGAAGCCUGUUGCUAAUUUUUGAGCAUGCAAACCUCGUCGGGCACUAUCCCUUACUUGAAAAACAAACGCAGACGUCAUCAGUCUCGUUGCCGUGUCUGGCUUCACAAGAUGAACCAAAUCCAUGUCCCUGAUUGGUCGAAGUUCAACUUGGUUUACCUUUCAGUGGUCAAGCGCUUUGUACAUAGAGCCCAAAAACAGUCAUAAAAACCUGUGAGUUUAGAACGCGGAAGCCCAAAACGUGCACUUAUUUAAAAAUAUAGAAGUGCACAAUAACUUUUAUUGGAAGCGGCCGCUUUGCAUCUCUGUAUUCAUUCCACAACUCGGAAUGAAUAAUAGUACUUUAAAAUUACUACUGGAAUUCUCGGAAUAAGAUUGAAAUAUUACCUUUUCCUUACUCAACUUAAAAGUUGUUCUGAUUGUGAUUUUGGUCUUUUGGAUUUUCAUAGGCAGCUGUGUACAAUCAUUGUUGAUUUUGGAAAGAUUUGUUUUUCUUGGUUAGAGUCAAAUCUGCUUAUUUCCACCUGAACUGAAGUCUGUGGAUGAAGUGAAUUUCUAAAAAAUGAAUGAUUUUAAAACUGGAACUAGUUCAUCUUUUAGAUAAAACCACAUAUUCCACUGAUUCUUCAAUUUACCAACUCUCUGCAGAGGUGCCAAAGCAGCUGUUGUUUUAAGGCAUGACACUUCCACUGUCCACUGAGUCACGAAGCAAAAGGAUUAUGUAAAACUUGAAUCACAUUUAGACAUUUAUUGCCAGAUGAAGCUGGAAACAUAAAUAUGAAAGUUUGUCAAGCUGUGUGUUUGAAAGUACUGAGUAACAAUUUUAGGUCAAAAGCUGCGCCAUGCCACUGGGCUUUGAUUCGGUGCAGAUCUUUUAGGAUUUAUCUACUACAUUUAGAUGUACAGUUGAAUGGAAACUGGAUUUGUCAAAUUUGUUAUUUAUCAUUAAUACAUGUCAUUAAUAUACUCUUUAACACCUAAAUAUUAUUCACCCGCUGUUUUACAUGACACAUAUUGUAUGGAAAUAUACCGGUAGUUGGAGUGUAGAAAUGUGUAUUUAUUGAAUGUAAACAUACUAUUUGUUUUAAAAGCUGUGAUGUUUUUUGUUUGAACAUAAUUUUUAAGCAUCAGCUUAAAAAGUUUUUACUUAUAUUUGGGGGUUGAGGUUGCAGUUCUUAUUGUCCACUAGAUGGCAGCCACCUCUUUUUUCUAGAAUACAUUUUACCUAUGAUUUCUGCACUUAACUCUGGAUAGUAAAAAGAUAAAAAUGAAAAUGUGAUUAAGCUCAACAUUCCUACAUCAAAUCAUCAUAAUUUCAGGGUUUUUCUUUGCCUUUGUUUUACUAAUUAUUUAUUUUUUGCUGUGUGCAUGAAAACCUUUUAUUGCAACGUUUUUUCUUAAAAAAUGUUUUGUACAUCUGUGCAACAGUGGAUGUUUUGGUUAAACAUUCAUUGACAAAUGUUUGUAGUAAUGGAAAUGACCAUCAUCCCUUCAGCCACGUCAUGUCCAAACCUUUCUGCUGCUGCUGCUGCUUUGAUUUAAAGUGUGAUGUCAAAUAUGCAACAUUAAGUUGAAAUCUGCACUUUUUUUGUAUGGCAGUUUUGUUAUUACUGGGCAAAGACUAGAUACUGAGAAGGUUGUUGUGAUGUAUGGUAGUGUCUUUUAUCUUAAUAAAAAUUAAUCCUGGAUAAAUAUCA